UCUCAGUAGAGUAGAGGACAUAUUGGAUUUGACAUGAUAAAGUCGUUGAGUUUGUCGUCUGAGUGCUCCCUCCCUCCGUCGGAGGACGAUGUGGAGUCGGUCUGCUCUGACGAGCUGCUGGGCUCUCAGUCCCGCCGCUGGCUGGCGGAUCUCGUGAACCAGGAUCUGCCUCCGGACAGCGUGGACGUCAACACGAUCGGCCGGGACGGACUGUUCGUGGACUAUCACUUUCCCCUGGGAGAGCUAGAGAUGCACUCCGGGGUCACGUGGAAACGACCGAAGGAACUCUGUCCAUCACCUCAGUUCAUAAUAAAUGGAGCUACACGCCUGGAUGUCUGCCAGGGAAAACUCAAUGACUGCUGGUUACUUUCUGCUAUUGCAUCUCUCGCUGUGCACCGAUCUCUACUCAGCAAGGUCAUGCCUCUAGAACAGAGCUUCCAGGAUGGAUACAAUGGUAGCUUCACCUUCAGGUUCUGGCAGUACGGGCAGUGGGAGGAGGUAAGGAUAGACGACUUGCUGCCGACUUGGAACAACAAACUGAUCUACCUCAGCUCCCCAGACAAACAGGAGUUCUGGAGCUCCCUGCUAGAGAAGGCCUAUGCCAAGUUGAAAGGUGGCUACAGAGCUCUGGAUAUGGGCUUCCCUCAUGAGGCCAUGGUUGAUAUGACGGGGGGUGUGGCUGAGGUUUUGAACGUUGGCUCGCUGUCCAGAGACCUGCCGGCCUUCCUCAGAUACCUGCUGUCUAAAGGAGCACUCAUCAACUGCGCCAACAGCAAGGGCUCUCUGGAGCAAAGGAAUGCAUUAGGGAUCAUGUUCAGACAUGCCUACUCUCUGACUGCAGUAGAAAAGGUGAAGACAACACAUGGCACCGUAGAUUUGGUACGCAUCCUCAACCCCUGGGGCAACACUGAGUGGGAGGGGCCCUGGAGUGAUUUGAAAGGUCCAGAGUGGAGAACAGUGAGCACUGAGGAGCAGAGAAGACUGGAGAGAGUGUGCCGGGAGGACGGGGAGUUCUGGAUGUCAGUGUCAGACUUCCGACAGCAGUUUGAGGUGAUGGAGGUGUGUCACCUGACUGAGACUCUCAGAGAACCAGGCCCCGGCGUGCUGCCGUGGAGCUACGUAAUGCAUCACGGGAACUGGGUGCCAAGUGUCACAGCGGGAGGCUCUCCCCAAGGGGGUUGGUAUUGGCAGAACCCUCAGUUCUACCUCGUACUGUCGGAGGUGGACAGUGGCAGAGCGGACUCCCAUAAGACCUGCUCCUUUGUUUUGGCUCUGAUGCAGAAACACCAGAGACGUAGAGGCAUAGACCUUGCCAUAGCCCUGCAUAUAUACCAGGCCCAUCCUACAAAGAAAUACCUGUCCUCUGAGGACCUGCGUGCUACUCCCCCCGUCCUCUGCAGCCCUCAUUAUUCCUCACGUCGGGAAGUUGUUCUUCGUGGCUCCCUUAAACCAGGUCGCUACGUCAUCAUCCCUUCCACCGCUGAGCGCAAUCAGCAGGGAGCAUUUCUCCUCCGGGUGCUGACAGAACAGGGCAACGCAGCCACUCCAGCUCACAAACCAUCGCCACAUGACAGCUCUUACAUAACAGAGCCUUCAUUUCCUCACCAGGCCGCUCUUCCUGCUCUUAAAUCUACCAGACAGCUGUUCCAGAAGCACUGCAACAAGAAUGGGGUUUGCAAACCAGUGCACCUCCACAGACUCCUGACUGAGGCCAUACAGGGAGGAGUGUUGGCCGGCAGUGAGAAGAACCUGGCUCUGGAGCACUGCAAGAGCCUGGUGGUCCUCAUGGAUACCCAGGGCAACGCCCAGCUAAACUGGCCAGAGUUCCAGAGUAUGUGGGACAAGAUCAGGAGAUGGACGGAUAUCUUCCUGGUGUUUGACAAGAACAAAACCCAGCGCCUCGAGUAUCAAGAAGUCGCUCCUGCUCUGAAGGCAGCAGGCAUCAUGGUGGAUGAUUUGGUGAUGCAGCUGGUUGGACUGCGAUACACAGAGCCUGACCUGACCAUCAGUUACCCUGGCUUCCUGUACCUGCUGAUGAAACUGGAGAGCAUGAUCCACAAAUUUCAAGCGUACGACAUGGUGGGAAUGGGAACUGUAACUGUCAGCUAUAGACAGUGGCUCCACAUGACCAUGUACAACUGACCUGACCUGGUCCACUCAGUCGGAUUCAGCAGGAUUUGCUUAAUUUAGUGUUUUCUGCUCUUCUGUUUUUCCCGCUUGAUCUUAAUAUGUAGUGUUUAUUUCAUAUAUGUGACAGAAACAUGUAGCAAACUAAAAACAGGCUUUGUACUAAGAGAUCUUGUGUCAUUAAUCCCCCUCUUGUAUGGUGUCAUCAUAUUGUCAAACAGUAAUAAGAACUCUCUUCAGUCAUGGAAACAUCUGGGGUUAAAUAUGGAAUGCAGAUGAGCUGCUGUGACGAAAACAGAAGUUUAUGAUUCACUGUCAUGGUGACACUUCAGCAAAUGUCACCUCAGUGAUUCAGUGAAUGAUUUAUUGACCUCUGACGUUAUUUCUUUACUCUUAUCAAUGGUCCCAUAAUCAUGGCUUCAAAUAAUUAUAUCCAUACAAAGCAGUUUAUCAUUUAUUCCAUUAAUCAUUCAGAAUUAUCCUGUAUUAUGUCCUUCUUUAUUAUUGUGAUGCCUUAAAGCUGAAGUGAAAAACAGUUCUUCCCAACAUGCUGUCAUUUAAACAGUGAUUUUUUUCUACUGUAGGAUGUCAUAUACAUGAUUGUUCUGACAAAAUGUAGGACUUUGUUUGAGCAUAAUUCAAUUUGAAUAAAGAAUAUUGAGUCAAAGUCAAGUCAAAGUCUGUAA